AUGCCACGACGAUACAAAGUUGAAAUAAAAGACAAUAAUAGUGACAUAUUAGAAGAAUUAGAGAUCCAAAAAAUGAAGAAAGACAAUUGUAGAAAUGAAAGCGAAAUAAACGAAAAGAAUGAAAAUGAAAUAAGCGAAAAUAAUAGCAUAAAUGAAAAACGAACUUACAAAACAAUUUUUAAAAAUAUAAUUUCACCAAAAAAUGAUAAUAUGCCCUAUGAUGCAAAUGAUUGGAAUGAUAAAAAAAAAAAAAAAAAAAAAAAAACGAACAAGAAUGAAAAUGAAAAUGAAACAGCGAAAGAUAAAAAUAAUAAUGAUGAUGAAAAGUUUAUUACAUAUAAAAUACCAAAAUAUUUAAGGAAAAGAAACAUUAAAUGCCCAUUUAUAUAUAAACAAGUAUUUUAUGGAAAAUAUGGCAUAGUGAACUAUGAUUUACAGGGAAUCAAUAAAGAAACAUUAGUUAUAACCUUUCAUGGGUUGAAUGGUACUAACUUAACAUUUUUAGAAAUUCAAAAAAUAUUAAUUCGAUAUAAAUUUCAAGUUCUUAAUUUUGAUUUAUAUGGACACGGAUUAUCGGCAUGCCCAAAAUAUAAUCAUAGAAACAAAACAUAUGGAAUUGAUUUCUUUUUAUCUCAAACUGAAGAAUUAUUAACUCAUUUAAAUUUAUUAAACAGAAAUUUUUAUUUAAUUGGCUUUUCUAUGGGGUGUAUUAUUGCUACUAAUUUUGCAAAAAAAUAUAUUAAACAAGUAAAAAAAAUUAUUUUAAUAUCACCUGUUGGGGCUUUAGAAAAAAAACCCUUUUUGGUAAAAUUAUUAAAAUUUUUCCCGUGCAUAAUUAACAUAUCCUCUUUCUUUAUGUUACCAUAUCUUAUUUCAAAACGAAAUUUCAAAAAAAAAAAAACAAACAUUGCCAACGAUAUGAAUUCAGAAGAUGAGGCAUCUUAUUAUAUGUAUAAUCGAAUAAUGUGGCAAGCUUUUGCUAAAAAAAAUAUUACUCAUUCUAUUUUAGGAUGUAUUAAUAACUUAAAAAUGUGGAGUUCCCAUGAAAUAUUUAAAGAAGUUGGUCUUCAUAAUAUACCAGUUUUGAUUUUAUGUGGAGAUAAAGAUAAUAUAUGUAGUGUGCAUGUACUUAAAAAUACAUCUAAGCUUUUUGCUAAUUCUCAUCUUAUAAUAUUUAAAAAUGCUUCGCAUCUAGUUCUUGUGGAUAAAAGCAAAGAAAUUAAUUCAUGUGUUCUUAUAUUUUUCCUAUCCUCAAAUAAUACAAAUUUGAAAGCAUGCCAACAUAUGUUUCCAGUUGGUAAUAUAGAAACAUAA